AUGGAUGAGUCGUUCAAAAAGGUCAUUAUGAUCCAGGCAAAAGUAGUGGUGGUUAAAGUAGUGGUGGUUAAAGUAGUGGCGGUUAAAGUAGUGGCGGUUAAAGUAGUGGCGGUUAAAGUAGUGGCGGUUAAAGUAGUGGUGGUUAAAGUAGUGGUAGUUAAAGUAGUGGCGGUUAAAGUAGUGGUGGUUGAGCAGUGGGGUGUGGAGCUGGUGGAAGUGGUGACGGAGGAUGUGUUUGACCACUUGCCUGGCCUUGGCUAUGUGCAGAUCACAGAUGUGUACUCCACCAACAUAACCUUUGAGCCCGUCGAAUGUCCUAGACGCACCGUUGUCUAUAUGGUCUGCUCAGAGCUUGCAUGUGGAGUGCGACCUCUGUACCUCGCACCACGGAACUCUGCUGUGGAAAGCAGUGUGGUUCGGACAGCAGGCAAUGGUGACUGGCCAUGGGCAGCUGCUCUACUGAAAGACAGUGUGCAUGCCUGUGAUGCUACCCUCAUUCACCCAUCCUGGCUCCUCACUACUUCACUCUGCUUCCAAGGCCAGGGUCGGGCGCUAUGGGUGGCGAGGCUGGGAGGCAUCCGUAUCUCAUCGCAGGCGCCAUGGGUGCAGGAGAGGCUCAUUGUGGGCAUGGUUAAGUCUCCGGUGGAGGGUAGCCAGAUUGUCCUCAUUAAGCUUGCCGAUUCUGAGGUAGAACUCAGUGAUUACGUGCGUCCAGCAUGUUUGGGAUCCCACUCUACUGUGUCUCAGCUCUCCAAGCGCCGAUGUCGAAGUCUAGGUUGGGGUGUCAGACGUGAUCCUCUGGUGGAGUUAUCUGUGACAGUGACUGCUGGGGAGGUAUGUCACCGCCUGGACGGCUCUAAAGAGAAGACCAUUUGUGCUCAACAAACAGCACCCACAGACAGAUGUCUUUUGGAGGAAAUGAGCGGUGGUGGUCUACUGUGUGAAUGGGCUGGACGGUGGGAAAUAGUUGGAGUAGCCACAUCCCAUACAGGCUGCUUCCAGGGAUCACGUCCACGCAUAUAUGAUGAUAUUACUGCUGCAACAGUCAGGUGGAUCAAAAAAACUAUUGCAGCUUUCCAACGUAAUUCAUAACCCAUAAAAAGGAUCAGUCUUCUCACUUCCGUAGGGUCUGUACCUUAGGGACCUACCUGCCACAACCACCCUGCCUGAAGACAUGUAAAAAUGUUUAUGUAAAUUCCUGCGGGUUGUUAUCUAUGUUCGUCUCUGGAAUCAAAGCUGUGUGUGAUGUAAUUCAACUGAGCUGUGCUUGGAUGUGACAUCUACACAGCAAGGGAUACCUGUACUGACAUGUGCUUGCACACCACCACACUUUUUACUGGAGGUGUCUAUUUACAUAUCAAAUACUAGACAUGUCAUCAUAGUUAAUUUGAUCUCGGAACAACCAUAUCAAAUACAUAUCUCAAGAAUCAUAGUUUGAUAUUGACAUAGGGGUUUAUAAAUAUUUAUCGAAAAGGAUUUAUUGUUACUUUGAUGUAGAGAAUUUAAAAAAUUUAAUAAAGUGUGAUUGUUAUGUUAAAUGACAGAGUUUAUUAUUUGAUUGCACAAUACCUUGUAGACUCCAUAUUCUCGUUAUUUUUAAAGACCUCUACAAUAGCUUCAAGCAUGAAUACAUAAAAAGUGUUUAUCAAUUAUAAUUUAAGGUUAAUUUUUAGAAAAAAAAAAAACUGCAGGACGAGAUGGGCCCAUACUCAAUGUGUUGUGCUUAGUGGUAGAGUAGUCAUAGUUUUGGGAGCCUUGCCUAUUUCCUGUCAGCUUAUGAACACUGUAAAACAUGUAUAGGUUGGCAUUCUUGUGACUACACCUAACCACCAUGCAUUCUCAUAGUUUGGGAUGAUGUAGAUGGUAUCUCCUGAUGGUUCCAUAGUUGCUGCAUCUAGAUGGUGUGUGCUAUUUGUCCUCUGGCUGUGUGGAAGUAUGUUUAUAAAUGUGUCCAUGAAUAACUGGACAGCAUGUGUGCUAGUGGCCCUAUGGCUACUUUUGCUGAUGGUUCUGUGUCUACAUGUGCUUUACAAGUGUAAUGUCACACUUGCUUGUCUGACUCAUAGUGCCACCUAUAGUCUCUGGAAAAAAUAAAAUGAUACAUAAACUACAAAAGUUUCAUGAGCUUUACCAGGAAAAUUUGAAUCAGUAUCUGGUCGUCAUACUCUUUGCUUUCAUUUAUGUUUAUAAUCCUUUCUGUUUGUUACACAAUUGGCAGCAAACUUUUUAUUUGUCCCUUUUUUUUUUUCCAGAGACUAAGUAUAGCUGGCAGUAUAAAUUAUAAGACACUGCAUUGUAAUCUUAUAAUUGCCACCAGCAUAUACACACACACACACUGCUGAUAGCGUGAAUAAUGAAACAUCGGCAUCUAUGUCUCAAGACUGCUCUAUUGUUUACAAAUGUGUCAAUAAAUGUUGUACAGGAAGCUGGUUUGCUUUUGGUUGUGUGAACAAUCUCUGACUACAGAGACAUUUUAUAAUCUUACAAUGACCUGUUGUAAAGAAACACAUAUACAAGAUUUUUAGUAGUAAAGUGUUUUCAUGCUCUGUAUGGUUUUGUUAAAAGUAAUAAAAUAUCAGGUUUGUA